CGCUGGUGGAGCGCAGCCGUCGCAAAGAGCUCAGUGAAGUGUGUCUGUGUGCAUCAGCGAGCACAACGCUGGAUUACCAUCACAGAGAGAGCUCUCCAGCAGAGGGCAGCGAAAGACCAAGCGCAACUCCCAUCCCAUCAGGUCCUCGAACAGUCUGUGCUGUUAGGAUCACACCUCUGAAAAGCAUGAAAGGGUCUCCUGACCUGAUUCCUGCCGCAGAUCUGGACCCGAGUAGAGUUUGCAAAGGGAAAGGCGUGGUGACUCUAAGGGCCACCCUUGUCCACAUAGAUGAUGAGGACUGCAUCAGCGAAGAGCCAAACGUCAUCACAGCACCAAGUGGCUGGACAAGCCAGACGAGCCAGAUUAAUGGAGACAGCUCUAAAGCAGGAUUGGCUGAGGGAGGCAGCAACAACACAGCUGAUUUACCUCCUGUAAACAACACUCUGUGCCAGAACAAUUCACCUGCGAGCAUAAAAGAAAAUCAAACUCCAUCCUUCACUGACAUUCAGAACUGCAUCACAUCGACUUCCAGCUCUGUUUAUCCCUGUACCAGCACAGUUAACCCCACCAUAGUCCUGCUACAACACAACAGAGAGCAGCAAAAGCAGCUUUCUCAUUGUGAAGACCCAACCCCAGAAAGGGAUCAAAGCCCAGAGCCAGGAAGAGAAUCUGUCAGUCCAGUCCCUGAAAUGGACGGGAAGAGGCAGCGGCUAUCACUGCACUCCCCCGUCCUCAGUCCUCUCAACAGGCCCAUUGUGCCUGUCCGGAACACUGAAAAGUCCAAAGACUGGUAUAAGACAAUGUUCAAACAGAUACACAAAAUACCUGAGCCUAUUGAGGAAAACCCUUACCGUCCCACCUACAUAUUCCCUGAGAACUAUGAGAUUCAGGUGAAAUCGAAAGAUGAUGGUCCCACCCCCUUUGGCUACUUGGAAGAUGUGAGAGCAGUCCCACGCUCAAAAAGUGACAAUGAGGUCGAUUCAAGAGGCCGCUCGAUGCCGGUGCCAAUGCGGUCCUCUUCCCUCAAACCCUCUUCCCAAAGGAACGAGUGGGAGCCCCCGGAUAAAAAGGUAGACACCAGGAAGUACCGUGCCGAGCCCAAGAGCAUCUUUGAGUACGAGCCGGGGAAAUCGUCUGUGCUGAAGCUGGACAGAACGACUCAGGAUGUAAGUCCAGAAGAUGUAGAUUUAGAGAAUGAGCCUUGGUAUAAAUUCUUUUCAGAGAUGGAGUUUGACAAAGCGAGUGCCCCCUCUUUCAGCCCUUUGGAAACAGCCUCCGACCUGCAGCAGUACUCCUCGAGCAAGUCUGGACACAGCGAGGUGGAGCAGGACAGAGGAUCAUCCACUAGUGAGCCUGUGGCUCCAGAAUGCGACCGUCAUGUUUACAAGAGUGUCCUGGAGGGCGGCGAUAUUCCCUUACAAGGUCUACGGGCUCUAAACAAGCGCCAUGGUAGCUCCUCCUCCUCUAAAGUGGAUUAUAAAGGUGGGAAUGGCUAUAUAAUUUCACCCUGCUCCUCUGUAAAUAGUCGAUCGAGUCUUGCCAGUAAUGCAAUAGGUAACCAAUGUAAGAGUAAGAAGCCUCUGUCUGCUGCCAAAGCCUGCAUACCCCAAAUCCUGCCCUCUAAGUUUAAGCCCAAGCUGCUGCCACCCUGUGGCAACAGUCAGGAAAGCAGGACUAAAGCUGCCAGGCACCCAAAGGCCCACAGCUGUGAGGAUAUCUACACAGGGCAAUGUGACACAGACUGUGCUGGAGCAGAGGAGAGGGCGAGUGCCCAGGAUUCAGAUUCUAGAUCCAGCUGUGGAAGUGAGUGUGGUGAUGGUCUCAGGAAUGCUUCCCCUGCAAUUAGGAGAAGCACAUCAGAGUUUUCCAGCCUGUACAGGACCAUGCAUCACAUCCAGCGGCCCAGCUCGACUGGCUGCAGCCCACACGGCAGUGUCCGCAGCCUGACCUCACUUUUUGAAAAAGCAAAGGCCAACGGGGAUGAGAGGUCAGAGGCAGGCGAUGGGGAUAGCAUUCCACGGGAUACUGUAUCCUCACGGGUCAGCGAGUUUGAAAUUAUCAUCCAGCGCUCCACCUCAGCUCCCAGCCGCUCCUCCUCCUUGCCCAUCCUGCACUCCAGCCACAGCCCCAGCCACAGCCCUGCCCACCUCUACAUGGCGUCUGCAGUGUCAGCGGAGUCCCUUUUAAUAGCCAACACCACGCAGGCAGAUGUCUGCGACCUGGGAGAGGUGGAGAGCAAGAGCUCCGGAGAGGAGGCCUUGUCACCAGAAAGUGUGACGGUGGAGGAGACUGCUUCCUCCAUUGAGGAUCAACAUAACAACAGAACUGAGUCUCCCUGCAACACAGAAGCAGAAGUUGAGCAGAUUUUGAGUGAAAUUUCCCCAGAACUGAACCAUCAAAACAUCAGUGAAUCAAAGAGCCCCUCAGUGAUGCUGACAGCAUCCUCUCCACAACACAACCAUCUCCACCACCACCAUCACCUCCUGCAUCACUUGAACCAUCAACUCCUCCUCAAACCCAGCAAAUGCAAAGGCUCUUGCCCAGCUUCCUACACCCGUUUUACCACUAUCCUCAGGCAUGAGAGACAGCAGGCCACAAACCAAAAGGAGAGGCAGCCACCUACAGAGAAGAAAACCACACUGCCAGGAAACCUCUUCCUCAUGGGCCCUGCUCCCUUCAGGUUACGGAAGAACCUGCAAUCCCAUCAGACUCGGAGGAUGCUGUUAGCCACCAAGGUGCCAGUGGGCAUCCAGAGGCCAAGCAGUCUUUCCCCUGAGCUCAGACCGUCAAUCCCUCAGCGUCUGUCCUCCCUGGAGGUUCUGGAGAGGCUGAGUAACGGAGAGGAAAGCAACACUGACCACCUGAGUAACUGGCAGGGCUUGGACGCCAACGGGAACCUACUGCAGCCGCUGGCAGCUCACCGCAGAGACUCCUCCCCAGCUCACGGAGAAAGCCAGGAUGAAGUGUUGAGGAGGCGUCAUGGGGACAAAGAGAAAAUCUUGGAGGAGCAGCGGCGGCUGAAGCGGGAACAGGAAGAGGCUGACACAGCGUCGAGGCGACACACGAGCAUUGUCCCCACACACCACCAGUUCAUCACCAACGAGCGCUUCGGAGACCUGCUCAACAUCACAGAUAACACAGAGAAAAGGAAAUCAGGCGUGGAGAGAACUCCUGCCAUGGCUCGCUUUGACUUCAGAGCAGAAACAUUAAAGGAGCUGCCUUUUCAGAAGGGAGAUAUUGUGUACAUCAUUCGACAGGUCGAUCAGAACUGGUAUGAGGGUGAACAUCAUGGAAGAGUUGGUAUUUUCCCUCGGAGCUAUGUUGAGCUCCUCCCCCCGACAGAGAAAGCACAGCCAAAGAAAUGUGCCCCAGUGCAGGUACUGGAAUAUGGAGAAGCUGUCGCCCGCUUCAACUUCACUGGGGACACAGUGGUGGAAAUGUCCUUCAGAAAGGGAGAGAGGAUUACACUGAUUCGCAGAGUUGAUGAAAACUGGUAUGAAGGCAAAAUUUCAGGCACCAAUCGCCAGGGCAUUUUCCCCGUCACCUAUGUAGAAGUUCACAAACGACCCCGUAUCAAAAACGGGGUGGAGUACCCGGACCCACCUGUCAGCCAUUCACCACAGCGCAGCACCAAUGCUUCUCCACAGCCUAAAAAGCUGUAUCGUAAUCGUCUGACCACCUCCCCCCUGCCUCUCCCUCGCUCUCCCCGCCGUUCUGUGUCCCCCGAGGUCCAUGCUGUCUCUUCUGAGUGGAUCUCCCUGACUGUGGGAGGUGGGAGUCCCCCUGCGGCUCCCACCCCUCCACUGCCACCACUGCCCACUGUGUCCUACCGCUGGGGUGAAUACCUGCCCCCGCCUUUCUCUGCCAGCCCCGUGCCUCCCAUCGCUGGCAGCCCGUACUGCAUCUCCCCCAUGGCCUCCCCAUCUGCCUCCCCUCUACCCCCACCUUACCCACCCAGACCCAACUCAACCACCCCCUGCCUCACAUUUACCCCACCUCAAGGGGAGGACUUCCUGCUCUCUCCUUCCUCCCCACGUGUGUCACGCAGUGUGAGCCCUAGCAGCGGGCCGGUACUGGAGUGCUGGCUGAGGGGGGAGAAGGAGUUGACAGAGGGGGAAGGCGCAGAGGGGGACAGGGGCCGCGCAGGUCCGGGCAGCAGGCGAAAUAGCCCUGCAGAGUUUGUGAAAAAUGAGGCUGACCAUCACGGACGAACCACCAGAAGCCCUGUGAUGCUGUUUGACAUCCAAGAUAACAACAAUGUUAACUCAUUUGCGCAACCCCAGUCACACAGCAGCAGCCCGGAGCCGAGCCGUCUCAACUGUGGAAUAUUUCAGGCUUUGUACAGCUAUGUGCCGCAGAACGAUGACGAGCUGGAGCUGCAGGAGGGCGAUCUCGUCAGUGUCAUGGAGAAGUGCGAUGACGGCUGGUUCGUUGGUACAUCAAAGCGGACAAAACAGUUCGGGACUUUCCCGGGGAAUUACGUGAAGGAGGUGAAACUGUAAAGCUCUCUAAUCUGGCUGUAAACACAUGGUUGCCUGUCAAGCUUGGGAAGUCAUAACUACCGCGCAUGGCUGUUGGUUAGAAUAGUCAUUUAAGCCGGGCGAAUAUAUUUUAUCUGGGAAAGUGAUCAGAUCGGCUCGAGGUAUGUCAAACUGCACGAAGUCGAAGACGGGGACAGCUCACUGCCCAAACCUCAGCACGGUGUACACCUCCAUCACAUUUUACACACCUCUCCACAGAAUUCUUCAGUGUCCACACGUGGAAUUUCUCUGUGAAAACCUCCCACAAAUUAGCUUUCGAUGUACAAAUAAUAGCUUUCAUUUUGUGUGUGUAAUUUUGCAGUAUGCAAGAGUUUGCGUAGCACCUCGGUGUAGAGGUCGGCAGAGCAGAGCAGUGUAUGGAUAAAAGGAGCGGAUCUCAUUGCCAGAACUGGACUCGGGAGGAGUCAGACUGUAUUUUUAUCUGAAGUGGAGUUGGACCUGUUUGUCAUGAGCUAUCUUUCAGGACCAGAGGUGUUUAACACAACUGGCAAAGUAUGACGCAAAUCACACAUCUCAUGAAUGAAUUUAAUUUGAUUUUGCAACUGACCCUCAGUUUAAAUUUCAGAAAGGAAAAAAAAAACUGCUUAAAGUCAGUGCCCUCGGUACUUUAAAUACUUAAAGCCUUAUGUAAAAAGACCCUUUUUAAAACAUUGAACUGUUUUCUUCCACAUUUUGUGAACCAUCAAAAAGUCAGUAUUUGCCUCGCAGCAUUCACAACUCAUUGUAGCCCAAAUACUUUAGACCGAGUACAGUAUUGCCUUCAUAUUUUUAUCCAAAGGCUGCUAAUAGAGAAGUUAUUAACAGCCACCUGCAUGAGUAGAAACACUAAAACGUUGAUGUGUGUUGCUGGUUUCCUCCACAAACACAAAUGCAGGACACGCAGACUGUGUUGCAUGUCUCAUAAAAGUGAAACUGAACUGUGUAUAUGCACAUUCUAUAUUUUAUAUAUUUCUAAAACUGUGUUUGCUGAUUAUCAAUGCCUUUAAGGUAGCUGGUGGCAGACGCCUGGCUUCAGAGCAACCACAGGACAGGCGUGGUAGCACUUAACUUCCUGUUUGGUCAUUUAGGAAGAUCCCACCUAACAAUAAAAUAGCAGUGAUGACUUAAAGCUAUUUAAAGUUUUAAGUGAAAGCCAACAAGGUGUCUUUUUUUUUUAAGCAUAUUGAGAUUUUAACCGUGCCCUUAUGAUUGUAUAUGUAAAAGCAUAUGGAAAGUUUUACACGUAUGGUUGCCUAGUUUCAUACAUAAUGACUACAGCUAUAAGGUCAGCAUUAACACAGCAUGCACUGUAAGAUCAUUAAGAGACUGACGAAACAAAUUGGAGCAUGAAGCACCAUCAGCCCUAGUAAAUGCACUUUUAAAUUAAAGAAAACAGAAGUAAUGACGGGCUUGAUGCAGCUCUUUGAGCUUUUAACUGCUGAUUGCUGAUGGAAGAUUGCUUUGAAUUCUGCUAUCAAAUCAUCAGAGCCGUCUUCCUACCACUGCAGAGCGCUCACAUCUCCAGCGCCAUCAGAUCCGGUAACAGACGCCGCAUGUCAGGAUUGAUCCUACACACGCGCACACAGAAAGAUGAUAGCUAUUGUUUUCUUUGCUAAUUCUCUCGUCAAAUUCCUCACAUCAUCAGUCUCUGGGCUGUGCAGAGCUUUCAAGUAGUGUGUCCAGAAAGAAAUUCCCGGUGCUUGUUAUGACCUGCUCGGAGCAGGAGAUGGAGGUUGUUUGUUGGGCAGUUGCUCAAGUGUUUUAAACUAAGUUUACUUUAUGUGGGGAAGAUUGAUGCAGUGAGCAGUGGAACUCAGAAAAGCGCUCCCGUCACUUCCCUAUCCAGACAAUUCUAAUUAAAGGGUCUUCCCUAUAGUGUAGCUGUUUAUGAACACACAAAAUCUGAAGUAUAGAAACAUUAGACAAGUAAGACUCAUUAGAUCUAGACGUGUACGUUGACUGUGUCUUUGUUCUUUUGGCACCGGGAUGUGUUAGCUACAGUUGUGCAUGUGGCCACCACAUAGGUCAUAUCUGGAGUUUAUUAAUCGAUGAAGUACAUUCAUUUAACCCAGUUCGGUACAAUCAGUGUUUCCUGUCAAAUCAGGUUUUACUUCCUGUGCAGAUCACCACCGCUACUUUGCCAACAUCAGCAAAAGAAUGUUUUCCCAGCGAGAUAAAGCACGUAAUAUAAUACACCGCAGUGUGGGGUUUUUAAUGUUCACCUAUUUUGUCUCACCACAAAAGCAUGUUUUUUUUGGCUCGACAUUUCGCUCCUCUGUAUUUCCAGCUCCUCAUGAAUGUGUUAGUUGGGAGCCUGCUGACCUGUAGCCUUUCGAAAUGAGUUGUGUUGUGACGGAGAGAGAGGUUUGGCCCUUCUCAAACACACUGCACGGCGGGCAAAUAAUCACUCAUUUAGUGACAAAACAACUCGUAAUAGAUUGUUUCUGUGAUUUUGUUUUUUUUGUCCAUAAAACAUCACAGGAUGUAUGAAUGUAUGAAUAUAUGAAUGUGUUGCAGGCAGUGUAAACAUAAUAUGUAAAAAAACAAAGUGUGAAUUUUCACCUUGAAAGAAUAUUAUUGAACAGUGCGGCAAAUGAAGGAUUGUAAAUAUGUAAAAAAUAAAUAAAUAAAUAGACUGCGAGCAAUGGGAGCGUCAGAUUGAGCUCUCCGUCACUUGCAGUGGUUUAUUUUGCCUGAAGGAUUUUUGGCAAAGCACAGAGUGGAGCGUUACCGAGCACAGAAAGAUUGAACAUUACGCUGCCAUUUGUGAGGAUCAUGUUGCCUUAUGUUAUUGUGCCUCAUUUUCAUUCUUUUUUUUUUUUUUUU